GCCUGGCAGGGGUGCGGUAUAAAAGCAACCGCCUCACUAUAAUGCUGACACAGUUUCGAGACCCUUCCAUAGUGCCACUUCACACAUACACAACAUGAAGCUUCUGGUGGUAUUAUCGGGUGUGCUGGCGUUGGCGGCGGCACAGCCACAGAGGAAGGCUGCUCAGGCAGUUCAGGCAAAGGUUGAGGCGCAGGCCGAGGACCUGCAGCCUGCGGAACAAAACUACAAUGCCUUCCAGGAGAACCGCAGACAACAACAGCAGGACUUCAGACAACAACAGCAGCAGGAGUUGUCCAACUUCCAGCAGGACCACCGGCAACAGCACCAGGACUUCCGGCAGCAGCAGGACCUCCGGCAGCAGCAGCAGACCGACUACAGGCAGCAACAGCAGCAGCAGCAGCAGCAGAAGAUAGAUGACUUCAGGCCCAAGGUUCAGCUCGAGACCACCACCUUCGUGCCCAUCAUCAGGUUCGACAAGGAACAAGGCACUGAUGGAAGCUACAAGACUGCAUACGAAACCGGCAACCACAUCCAAGCCGAGGAGUCAGGAUACCUGAAGAACGUCGGUCAAGACCACAACGCGCUGGUCCAGUCGGGGUCCUACUCCUACACCGCGCCCGACGGCCAGGUCAUCACCGUGGAGUACACCGCCGACGAGUUCGGCUUCCAGGUCAAGGGAGACCACAUCCCCACCCCUCCCCCCGUGUCCCCGGAAAUCCAGAAGGGUCUGGAUCUGAUCUACGCCGGAAUUAAGGCUAAUGCGGAGCGUGACGCGAUAGAAGCUAAGAACAACCCCGAGGCCGCCAAGCUACAAGAAACAAAAGCCGCCUACGACUACAAAGGUCUCUACUACCAACAGUAAACCAUAAAGUAGAGCUACGGACUUGUAUAGUGAAAGCGAUGAAUCGAGUGUCUGGACUCUACCGUCCAAAUAUGAAGAUUCAACUCUAAUCCAACUAGAAAGUCCGCGACAGAUCCUGAUUAAAGUGUCAUAUUUAUUUAUCAAUCAGUAAGUUUACUGGAAAUUGUGAACUCGAUAAGUAUUUGUAAAUUAUAAACACUUUUAGUGUGAAUUUACUUAAAUCUGCCUGCACCUUACUCUGUAUUUUGAUGAAGAAUAGUAAGUGAUAUCAAUAUUAACCUUUUCGAUACUCGUAGUGUAUUGAUUAAUUUGUAAGUGUUAACAUUACUCGUUUUCAUUGACUGUAUAAUGCCACACGUGAAUUCUUUCAAUUUCUAGUUGGUAUAUGAAAAUAACUCAAGAUUGUGUUCAGCAUUUUGUUUUGAUUUAUAUUCUAUGAUGUUUUGUGAUGAUGAUGAGAGAGGAGGUCAAAAUACACGUUUUUGUGUAUCUGUGAGACGCCGUUCUUAUAAGUUUACGCUAUUUUAUUUUAUACUUUUGUAAAUACCUAUAUUUUAAAAAGAUUUUUCACAUUGUGAAUAAAAACAUGUUAUAAGUU